UGAGGCGCGUUAGCUUUGUUUACUAAUGCAUUUGCGCGAUAUAGACGUUUUAACACUACGUUUUAGGAGUCUACGUUUUUUAUUUAAAGCGUUUUAUGUAACGACGGAAAUGAUAGGAAACUACUAGGAUUUAAAUUUGUUUAUUUUUCCGAGCUGGAAAGAGAAUAUUUGGGAAACGAAUAGCUAGUUAGCUUGUUAGCUAGUUAGCUUGUUAGCUGCUGGCGCUCAUCGGUUCUCUGUAAAGCUGUACCGAGGGUAAGGAGUCAUGGCUUUAGAUGGGAUCAGCGUGUCGUUCCUGAAGUACGAGCUCGCGGCUACUAUAGACCAGGCGGUGCGGUGCGCAGUGGACACGGUGUUAAAGGAAACAGCGCGGAUUGUCGGCGCGAGACUGACUGAGGCGCGUGACGCCGCCGCAGAGUCCCGGCGAGAGAACCGGAGCCUGCGCGAGAGACUCGACGUGUCCGAGUGCGAGCUGAAGGCGGUGCGUUACUACAUGACCGCUGCCGAGAAAAACAUAAAGCAGUGCUUGUUGUUAAACCGAAACCAACCGCCAUCCAGCAGCGCCGUCACCGAAGACCUCCAGUUUUCCUCGGAAUCGACUCUGGAGAGGACGGAACCGUCUCAGAAUCACCUUAAAACUUUUAGAAACACAUCUGGAAGGAACCACGGCGUUAAAACCUUGCCUAGUGUCGGCUUGUGUUUACCCACCGUGCAGUCUGACUGGCCCCGUAACGUUAUUAACCGACGGAGGAUGCGUGCGAACAGCGCGUGCUUCAUAACCGACACGUCGAACCGACUCCCCGUGGAGUCUGACUCGGUUCAGGAGAGAACCGACGAGCUUACAGAAGAGCAUCAGUUUUACAUCUCAGAGGAAGGAGUGAUCGAUAAGGAGUAUAAGACCCCUGCUGGUGCGGUGCAGGAUUUCGGGAGAGCGCAUCAGGAGGAACAAGACGCUACAGGAUCGUCCGUGAAGGCCCCCGAUGAGCCGUGCGACAUGGGCAGGUUUGAGUUUGAGAUGGGAGCACCAGCGGGUAACGUCAACGAGCUGAGCCUCAUUCAGGUGAUGGAUGCUAACGAGGAGAUCAAGCAGAACUCUGUGAAAGUUGAAGACGAAGCUGAUGUUCAGCCUUUAGAUCCUCCGUCUAUAGCUGUGGCUUCCUCUUCCAGUUCAAACACUCAACCCCAGAUCAUCUCGCCUCCCGUGUCCGCUGGUGAAUCUGAGGCGCCUCCGGGUUUGAUGCCACCCGUCGAGGCGACCGACAAAGUACACCGCUGUAACGUCUGUGGCCGAGGCUUCCGGCGCUUCUACUGCCUGAAAACACACCAGCGCAUCCACACAGGCGAGCGACCGUACCCCUGCCGCUACUGCGAGAAGCGUUUCCGCCACUUGGACAGUCUGCACAAGCACCAGCGCAUCCAUACAGGCGAGCGACCAUACCGCUGUGCUCAGUGCGGCUGCUGCUUUCGCGAACUGGGCCAGCUCAAAAAACACCGGCUCAAACACUCGCCCACUUCUGCGGCUCCGCCUGCCCACCCUGGACUCUCUCUCCUCCCCGCUGCAGCCCCCUACACCUGGUCACACUUAAACUCUCAGUCUCUGGAUCUGGUCUAAGUGCUCAAGCCUCCUGAGCUACACAAACUACACAAAAACUAGCGUAUUAUAUGCCUGAGUUCAAAAGGUUUUAACUCUGCUGGAGCAAAUAGUAGUAGCAAUGAAUAUUCAAUCUCAUUUAAAGCUGUUGUACAUGUUGUAUUAUAACUCAAACAAAGCCAGAGGUUUCUACAUCUAUGGUUUUAGCAGAAACAUGGGAGACACCUAGAGAUGGGAGACGCCUAAUACACAUUUUAUAGCUUAAGAUAGCUUAAAAUAUAUAUGACGCAAAAUUUCAUCUGGUGCAUGUUGCACACACUUUCUGUGAGCCAACAGAAGUGGGCGGGGCUACAAACAUUCUCUAUUUGAUCCAUAAAAGAAAACUUGAUUAUUAUCAGGGGGCACGGUGGCUUAGUGGUUAGCACGUUCGCCUCACACCUCCAGGGUUGGGGGUUCGAUUCCCGCCUCCGCCUUGUGUGUGUGGAGUUUGCAUGUUCUCCCCGUGCCUCGGGGGUUUCCUCCGGGUACUCCGGUUUCCUCCCCCGGUCCAAAGACAUGCAUGGUAGGUUGAUUGGCAUCUCUGGAAAAUUGUCCGUAGUGUGUGAUUGCGUGAGUGAAUGAGAGUGUGUGUGUGUGUGCCCUGCGAUGGGUUGGCACUCCGUCCAGGGUGUAUCCUGCCUUGAUGCUUGAUGACGCCUAAGAUACGCACAGGCUCCCCGUGACCCGAGGUAGUUAAUAAAUGAAUGAAUGAUUAUUAUCACUUACUAAUUAUUACUAAGGCCUUUACAUGCAUAUGUGCUGCUUGGUAAACCUCUGAAGAAGAAUAGGGCAGACGUGUUUUCGUAUUUGUAGUAAAAUUCAGUUUCAUCUCUCUGUCUUGUUCACCACGUUGGAGCCUCUACAAACUUCUCGUCUGUGUGUAAAGCGUAGCCAUGACCACAUAACACAAACACUUGCAUGCUGCUUAACUAGAAUGCCUGAACUCUAGUGCAAGGGAUUCACAUGCAGGCUGAAACACGUCUUUUUUCUGUUUUGUGGGAAGUUGGUGGGUCACAACAUAUUAUUUUUUUUUUAUUUUUACUUUUUUUUUUUUUGUCCAGGGGAAGCAACAGAAACUGGGAGCGAGACUGGAAUGUAAGAACCUGUUUUUUUUUUUAACAUGUCACUCAAGCAUACAGACACAAAUUGUGUCUUUAAGCUACACAAAAUAUAAUGUAUAUAAACAAAUAAAAAGUUUACUGUGAGCAAAGGCGUUAGAGAUUGCAUCGAUCUGUAUUUACGGAUGUUUACGAGCUUUAUUAGUACCUUCCUGUAGCAAAACCACACAAAACGGUUAACACGUUCAUUUUAUUGUUUCUAUAGCAACCGGUGAUUCAUGAAAUAUAUUGAUUGUAGCUGUAAUGUCAUUUGUGGUAUGCUGUUGCUUGAAAUGCUAAAGAUAUUAAAAAUCUCACUGAUUGAA